UUCUAUAACCUGACUGUGGCAUGUUGAAGCACCUUUUUAGCCUGCUCGCCUUUGAGUUACCCUCCCGCCACCAUUCUGGUGACUCCGAAGACUACAAAUCGCUCCUUUCACUAGUCAAGAGCGUAGUUUACAAAAGGCUCACAAAGGAGAACUUUCCCCUUUAAUGCUGCGUUCCGGUUCCCUCGGAAGUCGGAACUCUCGCAGCUGGGGUUUGACGUCACACCCGAAGUAACAACGUCCCGGUUAAAGAGUCGGGAUUCCGACAUGGCGACGCCCGUGCGUCGUUCGCAAUAACUCUUACGAGCAUUAUUCAAUAAACAAGUAGUUGUUCAUUGUAGGACCUACACGUAUGCGUACUCUUACAAGAGAGAAACGCUCGUUUCAAGACGCGACCCACCGUAGUAAACGCAUCACCUGUCACUUCUGUGGAUCCGAGGAGCGGCCAUAUUGAAACGCGAAGCUGGACUGACAAGUGCAGACUGUAGCCGCUGGGGAAGCCUUACAUAGGCCAAGCAGCAGCUGGAGUUAUUAGGACGGGGUGGACAGGAUGUCUUCUCCGGUGUACUACAACCACGACAGCGCUGUCCGCUUCAAGAAGAGAAAAGCUCGUUUUUCUUUCAGCGAAGUCCACGUCCUGCUGGACGAAGUGAGGAAGAACCGCUCGGUUGUCGUGGGCAAAUUCAACCGAGGAAUACCGACCGACUCAAAGAAGCGCACCUGGGCGGAGAUUACGGCACGCGUCAACGACAUUGGGGAGUGCCAACGGGAGGUCAUAGAGGUCAUCAAGAAAUGGUCCGACCUGAAGUGCGACACCAAACGCAAAGUGGCGGCCAUGCGGUCGGGGACCGUGCCCAACAGGGGACUCAACUCGCGUCUCUCCCGAGACCUCACUCAGACGGAGAAGAUAGUCCUUCAGAUACUGGAGAUGGACGAAGACGCCCAGAGCACCGGAGAGUGCGGCCCGCUGGGGGACGACGACGACGUUCCCGAGGAAGAGGAGGAGAUGGAAGAGGAGGACAUGAUGGGAAUGCAGAGUUCUCCUAACGGCGGGGGGGACGCGUCGUCCAUGCCGCCGCCAACUUCCUACGGGGACUCAUCACAGCCAGCUUAUGAUAUGCAGUAUGAGAUUCCCCCAACAGACGAUACCGAAACCCCAUUCGGAGAUUCGGAUGACGACCAGAAAGAAGACGUGCUUCCCUCCAAUCAGCCAGGAAAAUCCGCCGAAGUGCACCAAGUGAACAACGGCGUCCACAAACACGUCCAGCCGCCGAUGUCUGCCAGCGCUCCAGCUCUGGCCCCGGCUCCGGCUUCGUCGCCAGCGGCCGCGCUCCCCGCAGCAGCGCACAACUCCAGGGACAGCCUGCUGCAGACCGCCGCCCUGAGCCUGCAGGAGCAGCACGCCACCAACAUGCUGCUGGAGACGGUGUCGCGCUCCCUGGAGCUGCUGGCCGAGUCGGUGCAGCAGCUGGCGGAGACGCAGCAGGAGUUUGUGCGCGAGUCGCUGCAGCUGCAGCGGGAGACGGUGCAGGUGCUCAGAGACUUCACGGGCGGAGCCAUCGCCCUCAUGCAUGACAAACUGAAUGGACGGCCGGCUUUAUAACACAACCCGGAGAGGUCGGCGAGCCGCCGACACUGACUUUGUGCUUGGCCCUCAGGUGCAGGAACAUGAAGUUCUGUUGGUUGGCAGGUCUGCUUACUGUACUUUAUUUUGAAACUUUAUUGGUGCGAACAGAAAUAGGACCAUAGAGUUUUUUGGGUUGUUUUGUUUUUCUUUUUAAUUUGCUACUGAAGGUGGGAUUCCUCUUGCCUCGUUUUUCUAAAUUAAGCCUCUCUUUUGAAACUUUUACUUUAACAUGAUAAUGGUUAAAAAAAAUAAAUAAAGACACUUUUAAAAGGUGGACUUUUAAGAAAAAUCUUCUCGUCUUUUUGUGUGCUGUUUUUGCUGUAACCUUCCUUUGCCUCAGUGUCUGGAGAUUACCACAUGUACUGUAAUGGUUGAGUGGCCGUCUGCACCUGACCAUCAUAUGGUCCUUAUGUCUUGGAGCUGAAUAAGCUGGAAUUAUAUGUUAAGAGUUUGUGGUUGUCUGUUUUUUUUUUAUAUUACACAAACACUUGAAUUGAAAAGUUCCGAUGAGUUCUUUUAAAUAUGAAAUAAACCCAACAUGUAGAAAACUGAA